GUACCUGUGAUAGGAGAUGAACAGUGUCUUGCCACCCGCGCUCUCUAGGCAUUCUCUCGUGCCCCGCCUUCAGCACUCCCUCUGGCCCAGGGUGCCCUCGGGGUUUCUAACUGGGCUUUCUAAUACUGAAAGUCUGUGUUCCAGGAUCUACCACUCCCGGGAACCUCGCCUCGGCCGCAUUCUUCUCUUAGGGGGUUCCUGAAGUCCCGAGGUUGGGGCUCUUUAAUUUUCCGUAUGUUGACGCUCACCUUGCCCUAGUCUGCCCUAAAUCUCAGGCUUUUAUUUCUACAUCGGUUGUCCAUCCGGCUUUGGAGCUGAAGUUGGAGGAGGGCGGCUAACAUCCGGUUGCACGGAGGCACGGAACUGGGCACAGGAGAGAGCUGGCGCGCCGCUGACCCUCCGGGACCUGGAGGCCCUUUCGGGUCCCCCGCGGUGGUCCUGCAGUCAAGCGGCCCAAGGACGCGUGGCGGAGCGGGGUGAGCCACUGAAGGAGCGCGCGGGCUGCGCGGUGGAAGGUUCGAUCCUUGGUGGGAGAUGAAUAGAGUGCCAGCCUCAGGACAGCGUUUGGCUAAUGAGCAGAGUGUCGAGGUCAUCGAGCGAGGCAGAGGACAUCUGGGAAGCAGAGGAUGACAUGACCGAAGGUGACCUAGGUUAUGGCCUCAGAAGGAAACCGGGUGGUAUUUAUGAAGUUCCGUGUUCGACGACAUCUAAGAAAAGGUCAGAUGGAAAGAACCCAAGCCCUCCUCCGUUUCCAAGAAAGGGGGAAGAAAGAAGCGAAACCGUUUUCCAGUAUUCCAGGAGCAAGGGCGUUCAGGAUACCUGCGCUCGCGGGUGUAGAGCAUCCAGCUACAGACGACAGAGCAGCGCUGAUUCUAAUUCAGAAUUGUCGGAUGAGCAAUUAAGGCGGUGUCUUCGUGAAGCUUUAGAGGAAGUAGAGAUUUUAAAGACGGAACUCGAAGCAUCUCAAAGACAACUUGAAGGUAAAGAGGAAGCACUGAAAAUCCUUCAAAGCAUGGCAGUGCUUGGCAAAGCCACAAGCCACACACAGACAAUGCUUCAAAAAACCAUAGAGCAAAAGAGAUCUUUGGAGAAGGAAAUAAAUGCCUUGCAGUGGGAAAUGGAAUUUGAUCAGGAUAGAUUUAAAAAUAUAGAAGAAUCUUGGAUCCAAAAAUAUGACAGGCUGAACUGUGACAAUGCAGUCCUCAGAGAGACUCUGAAGUUGAGAACAGAAGAGGUAAAGAUACUCAAGUCUGAAAAUGCUGUUUUGAAUCAACGGUACUUGGAGGCCCUCGCCAUGCUCGAUAUCAAACAGCAGAAGGUGGCUCAGGAGAACACGGACGAGGAGAGUGGCUUUACAGAGGUAUCAGGUCUCGAGCUUGCAGUCCUUGGAGCCUGCCUGUGUCAGGGUCCUGGAGGGAGCCCCUGUUCUUGUGCCAAAAUGGCAGCAUCCACUCGGAAACUGGUCCUUCAGCUCAGACAUGAGUUGGAAACUCUGCAGAAGAGUAAGGAAGAGGCACACAUAACAGCAGAUGCAUUCAGAAUCGCUUUUGAGCAGCAAUUAACGAGGAAAAACGACCAGGCCCUGCGACUGGCACGAGGGGAUGUGUGCAGAAGAGCGGCAACGUGGGUCAACAGGCAGCGUAUGGCAGAAGAUGGGUAUCCAGCACAAAGGAGAAAGAAGACCUUGGGGCAAAGACUGCUGGGGAUACUCCCUUUGGAAAACAGUUCCAAGAGCGCUGAAGACCGAAACAAUCAGGACGAAGUCUUUGAGAUGCUGUUAGAUUUGUUGAAUGAUAAAGAAGAAGCCCUUGCUCAUCAAAGAAAGGUCAGUUACAUGCUUGCCCGGGCACUGGAAGACAAAGACACUGCCUCAAAAGAGAAUAAAGGAAAAGUUCCCACGAGCCAGACUUCCCCAUUCGGAACUGCCUGGCAGGAGGCCGCCGAGCUCUGUGGCCUGCGUGAUCCACACAUCCACGUUUCUGAACCUGUGGGUUGCGUUUGUUCAAUACGACAUCCUCGGAAAGUUGCAGACUGCUCAAGAGCUCUUAAGCGAUCCUGUUCUUUGCCAUCGAAUGUAUUUUACAAGUUGACCACUUGAAAUUAGAAUUGGAGAUGCUAAAAAUCAGAUUUGGGAGCUGGAAAUGGAGCUCAGGUAGACGUUUGGUUUGGGCGCGUAAGGCGUGGGCUCAGUGCACGGUGGUGCACGUCUGUAACCUUGGCACUCAGGAGGCAGGCAGAUCUAACUUUGAGGCCAGCCUGGCCUGCAGAGUGAGUUCCAGGACAAAUGCAUCGUAAGGAGAUCCUGUCUUCGAAAACAAAACAGGCCUUGGUUUGAUGUUCAGCAUUUCGAAGACUCUGUCUGGAGGUUCAUGCCGGAAAAUCUCAGCUCUUGGGAGGCUGAGGCAGGAAGACUAUUUUGAGUUUGAGGGGUAACUAGAUUACAUUAAGACUAUUGCAAAAACAGAAAAACAACUCCAUAAAUGUCAAUAUUAAGAAGCUGUAUGCUUUCAAGAUGUUUUAAAAAUUUAUUAGCAUAGUAAUUUACAAAGUAGUAAGUUUUACUGUGAUAUCUUAAUACAUGUAUUUUAAUAUAUGUGUGUUUUAGUCAAAUCCCUUAAGCAAUCAAACCCUUAACACAUGUCCUUCAAGAAAUGUAUUAGUGUUUGUGUUGACGCUUUUUAUAAAUGAAUUUCUAUUAUUUUA